AUGAUCGGCUGUAGGAGAGUCGCCAUUGAUGUUCUCAAUGGGCUCAUCUUCCUCCUCUCCAUUAUAAUGUUUUACACGGCUAUGGGCAGUCUGGCCCAUAUGGACGUGAACGACCUCAUAAUCGAUCCGUUCAUAUUCAAGGCAAUAGUCCAGGCUAUCGCUGACCAUGAUGGUAACUAUUAUGAUACUCACCCAGAAGCAGAGGCCCAUGAUUAUCUCGUUCGAUACCAGCGUGGAUUCAUGAAGCUAUGGGAGCUCGCUGAAUGUGUUGGAGGAGGGUGCAGUACUUUUGACUGCUCAGAGGAGGACCCCUUACAUUUCCAGUCAGUUCUCUGCCCUAUGGACACUAACUUCCAGACCUAUCUCGAGAGCUUAUUUCUGAUAGCCAAUGCGGAACUCUCCGACGAGUUUAUAAUGGAAUGUCGACAGUGGCUCAUUGCUGAGGGCCAAGGGCCGAUUCCUCCCCCAGAUACGGACCCGAUAGCUCCAGAAGUGGCUGACCCAUACGGUACUUCUGUGAUCACUAGUGAUGAUCUCUUAAGUGACUUAUCAGGGGGCAUUACUGCGUGCAUCUGGUUGGUAGGCUCGGCUCUUAACAAUCGAACCGAUCUCCCCUCUAGGCUGGCCUGUUGGCCAUUCUCCAACUAUUAA